ACCAGAUGGUAGUUGAGAGUCUUCAGAUGACACAUGUUCUAUUCCACUUUACAACUAUUGCUUGGCGCCAAAGCACACAUCUUCCCCGCCAAAAAAACCCAAAACCCAUCAUAAAAACCCUUUGUAUUCCUGAACAGAAAAUCAGCAACAAAUCUGACGAGAAAACCCCAACACCAUCGAUGGCCGCAGAGAAACAGUACUGGCUUCUCAAGACGGAGCCGGGUGAGUGGUCGUGGGAGGACCAAGCGGCCAACGGCGGCGUAACCAAGUGGGACGGCGUCAAGAACAAGCAAGCCCAGAAGUACCUCAAGUCCAUGAAGCUCAGCGACCUCUGCUUCUUCUACCACUCCGGCACCAAGGCCCGCCGCGUGGUUGGUGUAGUGAGCGUCUUGCGGGAAUGGUAUUCGGAAGGCGGGGAUGAUGCGGUGGUUGAUGUGAAGGCGGUUGGGGAGAUGAGGAGGCCGGUGGACUUGAAGGAGAUGAAGAGGGAUCAGGGGCUCAAGGGGUUUGCUCUGUUUCGGCAACCGAGGCUUUCGGUGGUGCCGGUUUCGGAGGAUGUUUGGAUGAAGAUUUGUGAUUUGGGAAGUGGCUAUGAAGGUGAUGGAAAUGCUUUUGAGGAUGAUGGUAGUGGUGGUGAAUCUGGUGGAGAAGGAGAUGAAUGAUUUUGUGGGUUUUUGUUUUUUGCAUGGUAGGUGUUUGCGGUAAUGUCACAAUGGCAAAACUUCCUUGUAUUUUGGGUAGUGCCAAUGGAAAAUGGUAGUUUUUUGUGUAUGGUUUGAUCAUGGAAAGGGAGAAAGGGUAUUUUAGCAUGUAAUUAGUAGGUUCUUCUAGUGAACUUGUAGCUACCUACUUUGCUUUGUGUAGAUCUUUUGUAUGCUCAACAAAAUUCAAGGCAGUUGUCUUUUGAUUUU